UCAAACUCUGUUAGGCAAGGCAGCGUGUGUAUGUCUUUAGCUUAGAUGGUCCAACUGAUUACUCGGCGUGUUUCUUACCAUUUAUACCAAGUGACUACUAUUUUCAAAUCUUUCAUCAAAACUCCUCUUGGAAUUUCUCAACACCUCUAUAGAUAAAUUGAAAUGAUUUAUUAAGUUUCGCAAUUAAAGUUUCAAUUUCAAUUUAUUAAUUCUAGAAAUAAAAAUACUAAUUAUUUAAUAACAAUGACGGAGGGAAAGAACGCCCGAGAACUCAGCAAUGGAACAGUGCUGAAAGUGCCGAGAAGCAAGAGUUUGGAUAGAAUACGAGUGGAUGGCAGCUCGCUCUCCGUUAGAUCAGUGAUGAAAGACGAGAACCUGACCGGACCCCAAAGGCAGCUCCUCGCUAUCAUUUGUCUCACCAGAUUCCUAAACCAGAUAGCCUCUUUCUGGGGGUCCAUAGUAGUGCCCAUUGAGGCCAGCACUCGCAAUGUGUCGGCAGUUACCGUCGGAAUUCUGACAGCCACCGAGACAGCUGUGUCGUGGGUGACGUCACUCUACAUCUCGGCCUCGUUCUCCAAGUUCGGAAACGACAACGCGGCCGAGCGACUCCUCGUGUUCGGAAUAGUGUCGCACUCACUCUCUAUCAUGGCAGUCGCCCUCACAGCUCUGUCCGAUUACGUCAUGACCUUCGUCAUCAUAUUCGCCGCCAGCUACGCCGUCAGUGGAAUUGGACUGGCGUGUAGCAUGACCUCGACCAAUGCACUGGUGAUUGCAGAGUACGAGAACCACCAGAUUACCAAGGCCAAAUCAAUCGAGACCAUCGCGUACACAUUGGGCACUGUGUUGGCGUUUGUGAUAGCGGGUGUGUUAUACAUGGUGGGGGGACUUGCCAUGUGUGUGUUGACUGUGGGGGGACUGGAAUUGGGGUGGGGAGUAGUCUGCUACUUCUGGAUUCCCAGGGUGCUCCGACAGCUGCACGAAGAACUGGGGACUUCUCGCUCAAUCAAAAGUGUCGAAGAGCUGCAGGAACUGGAGACUCUUAAGUCGCCCAAACCCAAUCAACAGUGGAAGUUCCUGGUAGACCUUCUCAGCUCCUCAGAGAUCCGCUUUCUUCUCCUCAGCCACUUUUUCCGAUACAUGACUCUGGCGUUCAACCAGCCGAUUCUCAGCACCAGACUAAAAUCCUUCGACCUCAGCUUUCCGACCAUAGGUGGAAUCGUGGCUCUGGCAUACAUUGCAAUAGCUGUUAUGGCUGUUCCUUGGAAGGUUAUGGGAACCACUCCUCUGAGACGUAAAGUGAUUCUGUUGGGGUCGCUAGUUCUCUUUUCACCUGUGCCUGCUUUUAUGGGUCCCAUUAAGCCGAUUCAGAACAUACUGGGAAUUGAGCCGAAUGCUUGGCUUCUUGCAGCUACCCUCUCCAUGGCUGGCAUUUUUCUAUCGCCUGGUUUAGUCCUGGACCAACUGGCAGUCACCGAGGAAGCCGAAAAAGCCAAAAUUAUCACCAAGACACGCGACCUAUCAACUUCCGGCGCUAUCGGUGGAAUCCUGACUUCAUUCGAGUUCCUCGGUCUUUUCAUUGGACCUCCGGUCGGCGGAGCGUUCCGCGACUACUUUGGAAGCUUCGAAGACGGGAUAUUUUACGGCGGUUUUUUGGUUAUUGCUUUUUCCUUUUCCUGGUUGCUUUCAACGACUGUUAGGUGGGCUUUGGAAAAGAAAAACUACAGACGGAAUCUCUCAAAUCUGGACGAGUUUCCAGACACGAAAGUUUAAUUUCGACAAAUUGAGGUGAUUGAAUUGUUAAUUAGAAGUUUUAAUGUUUAUUUAAUUUUUAUUUUGUCUGUCUUGAAAUUU